ACCAUGGGCAAAAUUCUCCUCCUGUGUCUGGCCGUUCUGACCUGCGUCGGGAUCGGAGCGGCCCUGCAGUGCCUGAAAUGCGACUUCACCAUAUUUGACAUCCCCUGCCACACCACCACCGUCACCUGCCAGGACAACCAGCUCUGCGCCACCAUCCGGGGCCACGCAGCCGGCCACAAGCUGAUCAUGAAGAAGAACUGCGUUGACAAGGGGAAAUGCCACACCAACGACAACUCGACCUUCGCCGGCAUCACCUACAGCACCUCCUACGAGUGCUGCGAGGGCGAAUUCUGCAGCUCGGUCGAGGGCGCCGGGGCCCAGCUCUCCCUGGCCGCAGGGCUGGCCAUGCUGGGGGCCUGGCUCGGCCGGGGCCUCUAA